AUGAGUCAUGCUGAAAAUAAUUGCAUAAAUACAUCAGAAAAUGAAGAACAACAGUCUGGUUCUAGUAUUCCUUUAAUUCCUAAUCCUCUAAAGAAGACAAAAGAUACAAACCUUACUGUAGCUGCCCAAUCGGACUUGGCACAGAUUGGGGAGCCAAUUGAACAAAUUAUCUUAAAUACUUAUCCAAAACAACCAAAUAACCGUUCUUUUCAAGCUUCAUGGUUUGGAUUCAAGAACUGGAAAAAUGCAAUGGAUGCAAAAACCCACAUAAAAGCAAUGAAAAUGUGGGUAGGAAAAAAGCGCAGAGAUGAAAGUGGAACAUCGGUUUCUACGAUGAUAAACAAUAACAUGUUAGAAAGGCACAGAUAG